AUGGCAUUUCCAAAGAUAGAUGGAUAUGUUGUGACUGAAAAACUCGGCUCUGGAAGCUAUUCUACGGUGUACAAAGCUUAUACUAAGGUGGGAGCUCGGUCAAUAGUAGCAGUGAAAUGUGUGGACAAGUCUAGAAUAAAACACUCUGGUGCGGCCAUAGACAAUCUAAUUACCGAGAUAAGACUGCUGAAGACACUGACACACCCACAUAUAGUGCAUAUGAAGCACUUUACUUGGGAUGACAAAAAUAUCUAUAUAAUAAUGGAAUACUGUUGCGGCGGGGAUUUGUCCAAAUAUAUACAUAAAUAUGGAAGAAUCCCGGAGAAACAGGUACUGUACUUUCUCCAACAAUUGGCGUCUGCUUUAAAGUUUCUUCGAGAAAAAGGCGUGGUCCACAUGGACCUCAAGCCGCACAAUCUUCUCCUGCACAAGGACUCCGAUGAAAAAUACAUGUUAAAAGUUGCUGAUUUUGGUUUCGCGCAACAUCUAUCAGAAGACACCAUGAAGAGUAUCCGCGGGUCGCCGCUGUACAUGGCGCCCGAGAUGGUGCUCGGUAACUACGACGCUAGAGUCGACCUGUGGAGUGUGGGUGAGAUGCACGUUGUGUUG